AUGCAUUGCAGUGUAAAGAAUCUUUUUUAUUUUUGCAGACAAUUUAAUACUUCUUGCAUUCAUAACCACGUUAUAAAAUUAACUAGACUCAGGGUAGUGGAUAAUUCAGAAAUUGGAAAAGCAGCUAUGAUGCAGGGAAAACCUCCCAAAUGCAUUCAUGUGUACAAUAAGAAAGGCAUUGGAACCGUGGGAGAUAAAGUUUUAGUUGCUAUUCUUGGUGAGAAAAAAAAAGCAAUAAUUAUUGGUUGUAAACAAAAGCAACUACCUUUUAUACCCAGAUUUGAUAGUAACAACAUUGUAUUAGUCGAUGAUUAUGGUACUCCUUUGGGUAACAGGAUUCAUGUUCCUUUACCACAUGUUUUACGAACUGUUUUAAAGGAGAAAAGUUUUGGUAAAGGUGUUGAUUACACCAAACUCUUAGCAUUAGCCACUACAUUUGUAUAA